GCACCCCUCAACCCUGCCCCCAGCCCUGCUGCCCUGGGGACCGUCUGCCCCACAGCACCCCUCAACCCUGCCCCCGGCCCUGCUGCUCUGGGGACCCCCCAGCAACCCCAGACUCUGUCCCCUUAGCCCUGCCUGCCUGGAGAGCCCCCCAGUAACCCCAAACACUGUCCCCCCCCGCCCUACUGGCAUGGGCACCCUCAGCAACGCCAAACUCUCUCCCUCCAGCCUGGGGACCCCCAGCACCCACCAACCCUGCCUCCCAUUAUCUCGCCAAAGCUGCUGCCUGCCUUCCCGACCUGGAGACCCCCCUCAAACUCUCUCCCUCCAGCCCUGCCAGCAUGGAGAACCUCUGCCCCUAUCAUCUCCCCCCAGCCCUGCCAACAGAGAGACCCCAACCCCAGCAUCUGCCCAUCCCUUCACCUCACCCUGCCCCCCAGUCCUACUCACCGCUCUCCAACUGCCCCCCAGCACUGAAUUGACCCCCCAGCUCUGCCCCUCCACAUCCUGUCUCUGACCCCCCACCCCGGACUCUGCCCCCCUGCAGGUGCUUCUCCUUUGGCAUCGGGGAAGGGGCCUCCACGGCUCUGGUCAAAGGCAUUGCCCGGGCAGCAGGGGGCAGCGCCGAGUUCAUCACGGGCCAGGACCGCAUGCAGCCCAAGGCGCUGCAGUCUCUGAAGCGGGCCCUGCAGCCGGCCGUGACUGGGAUCUCGCUGAGCUGGGAUCUGCCCCCCGGAAUGGAGGCGGCGCUGCUGGGCCGGGGCCCUGAGGUGAUCUUCCCUGGGCAGCGGUGCCUCAUCUACGCCCAGCUCCGCGGGCAGCCCCAGCCCCCAGACACUGCCGUGGGUGGCGUCAGCCUGCAGUAUCGCAUCCAGGACCAGACCUACAAGGAGACGCUGCAGUUCCCCCUUCAGCCACAGGAUGGAGACAGGCUGCCCGUUCACCGGCUGGCAGCCAAGUCGCUGCUGCUGGAGCUGGAGGGGGCCGUGGACACCGGGUCGGAGGGGGACCGGCGCCGGGUGCUGGAGACCAGCCUGAGCUCGGGGGUCGUCUGCUCCCUCACGGCCUACGUGGGGGUGGACACAGAGCGGGGGCAGCCGGUGCAGGGGCCGCUGGUGAGACGGGACAUCCCGCUGGCAGCCUUCGGGGCCGCACCCCGCAUGUCCAUGGCCCAGGCCCAAGGGCUUUCCAGUGUGUCCGUGGACUGCGCCAUGGCCUUCAACCUGCAAGUUAAGAGCUGCCGUCCCCCCGUCCUCCUCCGGGACACUCACCCCCAGAGCUCCCCACGGGCAGUAGGGGCUCUCUUCUCCCCCGGCACCGCUCCUCCUGGCUCCCUCGCCAUGCUGAAGGGCAGCUGUGGGAGCCCCCGACACAAGGUCAGGAAGUCCUGCACACUCAGCGCCCCGCCGGAGACCGCGUCCAAGGAAGAGCGGGCACCGGAAGUGUCUCCCCUGCUGAGGCUGGUGUCUCUGCAGAAUGCCGACGGCUCGUGGGACCUGGACCCCCGUCUGGCUGCUGCGCUGGGGGUGAGCGAGACCGACGCCAGGGGGAGGAUGCCCAGUCAGGACGUGCCCCCUAGCAUCUGGGCCACGGUGCUGGCCGUGGUCUGGCUGCACGGCCGGGCCGUGGGGCAGCGCGACGAGUGGGAGCUGCUGGAGGCCAAGGCUGUGGGCUGGGUGCGGGGCCAAGCAGGGCCCCAGCUGAGCGAAUGUCUGGAAGCCGCCAACACCCUGCUGGGCUGCAGCGUUGGCCCUGCUGUCUUUGGGCUCUGAGCCCCCCUGGAUCCCUGUACCCCUCCCCCCAAGCUACCCAGGGCCUCCAAACCAGCUGAACCUCCCCAUCCCUAUACCCCACCCCCACCCCAGCUACGCUGGGCCUCCAGCCCCGCUAACCCCCCCACAGGGAUCCUAAAUUAAGAGCAGCCAGUUGGUUGCAUAAGUUUAAGGAAAACAGUUUAAACUGACCCUGUCACUUACAGCGGAGGAAGGUGGUUGUGCAGACAGGCCCUUGCUGCUGUGGGCGGAGACUGUCUCUGCCAGCCCCUCGCUGGAAUAAAGCAGUUCCCCCGGUUUGUCUGUCUGC